CCCUCGCCGCCGUCCCGCCCUCGCCCGCAAACCCAAACACUCCCGGCUGCUGGUGCAUGUGAUCUCCCAGUAGUCGCUGGAACGGAGAUGUUGCUGUUGGCCGCUGCCGGCCUCGUGGCCUUCGUGCUGCUCCUCUACAUGGUGUCGCCGCUCAUCAGCCCCAAGCCCCUCGCGCUGCCUGGCGCGCACGUAGUGGUCACGGGAGGUUCCAGUGGCAUUGGAAAGUGCGUUGCCAUUGAGUGCUACAGACAAGGAGCAUUUAUAACUCUGGUCGCACGAAAUGAGGACAAGCUACUGCAGGCGAAGAAAGAAAUUGAAAAGCACUCUAUUAACGAUAAGCAGGUGGUGCUGUGUAUCUCAGUUGAUGUGUCUCAAGACUAUAACCAAGUAGAGAAUGUCAUAAAGCAGGCACAGGAGAAGCUGGGUCCUGUGGACAUGCUGGUCAACUGUGCAGGCACCUCUAUAACAGGAAAGUUUGAAGAUCUGGAAGUUAGUAGUUUUGAGAAAUUAAUGAGCAUAAAUUACCUGGGCAGCGUGUACCCCAGCAGGGCAGUCAUCACCACCAUGAAGGAGCGGCGGGUGGGCAGGAUUGUGUUCGUGUCCUCUCAGGCAGGACAGCUCGGCCUGUUUGGUUUCACGGCCUACUCUCCGUCCAAGUUUGCCAUAAGAGGAUUGGCGGAAGCUCUGCAGAUGGAGGUGAAGCCUUAUAAUGUGUACAUCACUGUGGCCUACCCACCAGACACUGACACCCCGGGGCUGGCUGAGGAAAACAAAACGAAGCCCCUGGAAACCCGGCUUAUCUCAGAGACCACAGGUGUUUGCAAACCAGAGCAGGUGGCCAAACAAAUUGUCAAAGAUGCCAUACAAGGGAAUUUUAAUAGUUCUAUUGGCUCAGAUGGGUACAUGCUGUCCUCCGUGACCUGUGGGAUGGCCCCGGUGACUUCCAUCACUGAAGGACUCCAGCAGGUGGUCACCAUGGGCCUUUUCCGAACAAUUGCUUUGUUUUACCUUGGAAGUUUUGAUAACAUAGUUCGCCGAUGCAUGGUGCAGAAAGCAAAACCUGAAGUUGUAGACAAAACCGCCUAAUCCUUGCCCCUUGGACGAAAGACUAAAUCCAGUGAUUGGAACCGUGUGCUGCUAAAGGGACUCAAGUUUUGGCCUCCAGACUCUUGGGUGUCGUUUUUGAAUGUGUGAGGUCGGACCCCGUGCUCUUCACAAAUCUGGCUCCAAGCAGAGGGCCAUGAGGCCAUCCGUACAACGUUACUGUUAACACUAUGCAAAUGCAGAACAGGACACCUUUAGUUUUCUGGGUUUGGGGGGUGAUGGUGUGAGAACUAAAAACAGGAAAACAGGGUAAAGAAUAGCAUUCCAGAACGGUAAACUCGGCUUUUCAGUUAUUCCCCCAUCCUGCCCAUAGAGGUCAAGAAAUGUCCUUUGUGGCACCUAAGAAUUUCUGAGGGUUUCUUUUGAUUUUUGGUUUUAACUUUUCAUGAAAGACAGCCUGGGUUUUUAUUAGUCUUUUUUAUUUUUUGUAAUUUUUUUUCAGUGUAUGUUAUUCAUGGUAUGUCUUUGAGUAGCCCCGAGUCUGACUCUCAGCACCUCUUGCUGUGCCUGGGGCUUGCUUCUGCUAGUGAAGCUGGUUUCUCUCUCUUUGAUCCCAUAAGACUCGAGGGGGAUGAGAGAGUAGCACAGAGGAAGGCAAGGCUUGCCGGGGCUUUCUUAUCUUCUUAGACUAACGCUUACAACGUUUUCAUUUUUAUUCAAGGGGAAAGGCAGCCUCUUUAUGUGUUUUCUGAAGAGAAAUAAAAUCUCAUAGAAGCUUAAAAGUUUACAGUUUCUUCAGUAGCCAUGACGACCUGAAGUUCACAUUCCAGCUCAGUUCCCAGUGCUUCUUCGUAUUCCUCUUUCUAGUUUCGCUUAUGCUACUAUAAUAUUUUUGUAAAAGAAAGGUAGAAAAAAAGAUGGAGACCAGUACAAAUGUUUUUGACUUGACUUUUUAAAUUAAUCCAUGAAUUCAUUAAAAUAAAAAAAUGAAAAGCAUGACAUUUUUACUCUCAGAACAUACAACUGAGCUUUAGGGAAGGCAGCUGGCUGUGUAUUUUUCAGUCUUACUAUUAAAAGGCGAUCAGUUUUGAAGAUGCUCAUUUUGGAAGAUGGGUGUUGAGCUGCUCUGUCUCCCACACUGACUCUGAAGAGGUUUUUUUCAGCGUGGUAAGGAGCCCCGUGCUCACCCUCCGACGGCAGCUUAUGUGCAUGCGCUGUGCAUUGCAGGUCUGCUGCUCUGUGGGUGAGCCUGUAACAAGUGCCUCUGACGAGUCCAGCUGGUACCCCAGUCAUCCUGUUUAUUGUUCCCCAGGCUCCUGGACACUUUUCUAUGUCUUAAUGUUUUACCCUGGCCUCCUUGUAUACAAAAUACUGCAUUCCACUUCACGCUACCGAGAAAAUACCACUACUUUCAAAGAAAAAAAACUUUUUUUAAUGUUAAAAAAUAGAAGACAAAAAACAAAACAGAAAACCCAACAAACAAAAGGGUUUGAAAAUUUAGAUUUUAUUGCCAUGGCAAACAUUUGGUUUUUGCUUUUCUUUUUGCUGUGUGAUCUUUUACCUCAGCCACCUGAGUUCUGGCAGUUCACCUUUGCCUCACCAUGGCCAAUGAGCCAAGCAGUCUUUUGCUCUUGACUUUAUGGUGGCUUUCAAACUCUUGACUUUAUGGUGGCUUAGUUUUUAAUUAAUAAGAUAAUUAAUGGCUCCAUUUUUAUGAAGGUCUGAAAACAUUUUAAAUAUCAUUAUAGAAGAUAUUCCUUAUUAUAUGCAUUAGUUUACAGGAGCAGGUUGACAAUGCCAAAAUGGUUCCAACACCCAUUCAGUCAAAUGUAGCCAAAGUUGGCAGCUUUUGUCAUGUUGGGCAUCUGCAGAGGUGGAACAGUAAGGACCAGUUGUUCCCAGUUCAGAGGAAACCACUGUGUUCCUAUCUGGACAGUUUCCAAUUUUGUUUUCUUUUAAAUGUUUUCAGACAGUUGGCACUUUCUACUCUUACCUGUUAAAAUCUAAUCCCAGAUGGCAUCUGACACAGUGCAAUUAACUUUUUUCAUUAUACUGUUUUCAAACAUUCCUCUGCCAGAGGAUGGCUGUGUGGAUAAUGCCAGACAUACACUGAAAAGCCUUGUUUCACAGUGGGUGAUUCUGACCCUAGCCCACUUUAAGCUCAGGUUUGCAGAGACCAGGAUGCCACGGCAUGAGCCUUUUUGCCCAGAGUAUUAGAGGCCUCAACACCCGGAUUCACAAAAGUUUGGAAUGAGCUCUACUCUUCUUCUAAAGUUGAUACCAUAAUCACAGAGGAACUUGAUGUGAGAAUACUGGUUUUAUUCCUGUCACAUCAGCGUAAUGUGCCUGUUUGUUAACUUUCCUAGACUCCGUGCAAGCAUCUUGCUUCUCAGUAUGUGUUCCACAUUACCUUCAAAGUCCAACAGAGUCUGAUACUCCUGCUUGGAAUGCAACAUUGAAGCCAUGCCCCUGAAAAUCAUGAUUUUAUCCCCGAUGAGUUGGAAAACUACAAUUCUCUGCUUAGGAUAAGAAUCGUUGGGGCUGGGGUAGUGGGGGGUGGACAGCCCCAUUGAUAGGGGAAUUGUCAGCUUCCCUCCCCCCACCCCGCCCCCAGAGUUGAACACUCUGUGUUCUUUACCACAUGCUAAGGCUGAGUCAGGUCAGGUCACUGAAGCUUAGAAUUCCUUUCUACCAUUUCCUCUGUGACCAAGGGCUUCUGGGGUUUCAGUUCUGAAUGCCUGCUCUGAUAGUCAGGUUGGAUUGUUUUAUCUUAAUAUAUCCUUGUGUUCAUUUGAAAAAUUAAUAUUUUGCUAUAUAAAUUUAGGGAUUCUUCGUAACUGAGAAUGAAUAGGAGGCAAUCAUUUAUUUAUUAAAAAAAGAAAAAGAGUAAUGGUCACCAGACUGGGAAGUGUUUCACUGGAGAGCACUUGCCUAGCAUGCUUGGGAUCCAGGGUUUGAUUCCUUACUCCAAUCCAAAAACAGUCUUUAUAAAAAUUGUUCUCCUCUAUAGUUUUAAAUUUUAGUAAUUACACAGUUGACAUUUAGAAUGUUGUUGUGGUCUCUUUCUGUAUAAUUUAGUGGUAUGUAUUUAGAUCUGUUAAAUCAUAUAUUGAUUCCUGAAAGCAGAACCUUUAAGAUGACUCUCUGUUAGGUGAUGAGAACAUUUCUAUACCAUUUGCUCCAAUCCAAGAAUCCUAUGCAUUUGUCCUUGUAGACGGCUGUAGACUGCAUCAUGUUGUGGUAUUUAAGUUUAGUGUACUGUAUUCUAAUUGAAAUGUGUCUUGCCGAAGACCACAGUUAAUAUUCAUACUUUUUGCUAGAAGAUGCUUUGUGUCUUUCUUAUCAUCCUUAGUCCUUAGGAUCCCAGCUUGAAAGGCCCCUGCUGACUGUCACCCUCCGGUUCCAGACUGGAUCUUGCUGUUCUGAUUUUUCUGGGUUAAUGGAAGUUUAUGGGUUUGAUUUUCGAGUUGCCGUUAUAUUUUAUACCUGUUUGUGGUGCAAACUCCUAAGGCAUUUUGACAUUGGCAGAGAACACACAGCUAUUUUGAUACAUAUUAGGACAAGGUUGCUACUUUAGAAGCUUUUGUGGCGAUACUGGAUCAUGGUAGUACUGUAAUGAUUUUCAUAUCUUGUAUUUCUGAAUUACACAUACAGAACAAGCUUUACUGAUCUGAGACUUUAUUUUUCUAGAAAUUUGUCUUUUUAAAGAUACUUAAACUAGAAAAGUCUUCUAUUUGGCUUCCUGGGCAUUUCAUAAGGCCUGAUUUUUAUUAUUUUUAGGAAGUAAUAUUUUUAUAAUAUAUACUUAGGAUCUGAACAUUUAUUUCAGGUAUGCUCUGUCUGUGAGUAACAAAAAAAACGCCUAAGAAAUAGAGAAUUUAAUAAAGCUUUUUGAAGUUAUAUUUCACAUGCAAAUAGAUUUUCUGACCCUUGUUUCUGCUUAUUCUGUGAGCUGUGUCUAAUUUUGACAGCAAGAUGUAGGUGAAAGAACACCUUGGUUUCUUGUAAGCAGAAAUGUGUGCUCAUCCUGAGAAGAUGUUCCUUAAACACGUUUUUCAUUGUGGGUCUUCCUUUGGUGCUUGUAAAUGCUCAGAUACCUCACCAAUACAUAUACGACUGUUUGUAAGAUUGUCAUAGAAAGCAUAGGUUGACAAUGUCUCAUUUCCUAUUUGCUGAGAGUUUUUUUUUUAAUUAAUAGGUCUCUGUCAAAUUAUAUUGUAUGUUUUCUGCAUCUAUAUGUUGAUAAUAUGAUUUUUUGUUUAUCCUUUUAAAUUACUUUUAUUCGUUGUACUCAAUGGUGAGUUUUAUAAAGACAUUUCAUUAAGUAGAUGAUUUUGGAAGCAUCUUAAAUUGCAAGCUGAACUUUUCUUUAAAUUUGAAAAUUUUAUGUUCAAA